UUCCCCCAGUAGUAAGCAGAGUUGACUGUAGGGCUCGAGCUCCAUUGAAAGUGGCUCCCCGGUUCAGGCACAGUGCAGGCGGACAAGGGGGCGGACCGGCGAGAGGAAACUUGACAGAAAACAAUAGCAGUCAUUCCGCUGACCGCCAUAUAACUGUUAUUAUUUAUCAGUGUUGUAGUUCUGAGGAUAGACAACUGCUCGCUGACAGACGCGCUAGCGGUUGUGACGGAGGGGGCUCAGCGAAGGAAUCACAAUAGCCCGAAAAAACGAGAGAAAGGUGAGGUGAAGGCACGUUUGGGAAGAAGAGAAGGAGGGCAGUGACAAGUAAGCGGACUCACAGGUAGCACUUUGCUAGCUGUCGUGGCAAAAGAUAUCAAAGUGCAGCCGGGUCAUGCGGGUUUCUCCGGUCGCUGAUCGGAGCGCCGCGUCGCAGUAAUAAACGGAGGGCAAAGAGAAAAGAAGCAGAAAAACAGAAGAACCAGAAGGCUUCUCUGCCACUCUUUCAGUCCGUCCAAGCGGACUCCUCGUCACUGGGAAGAGCAGCCAUGUCCCGGAGAAAGCAGAGCAAACCAAGGCAGAUAAAACGUUCCCUCGGAGAUCUUGAUGGUGGUGAGGAAAACACACCGGACAAUAUCAGCCUAUCAGGAGAGGAGGGAGGAGCCUCGGACCCAGAUGAUUCUGCAGAAGGUGACAGCUCUAGCCCCCCGCCAUACACACCACUGUACAGUGAAGAGCCCAGGACACAGGACUCACGAGGAGGGCCUGAUGAUGAAGACGAGGACGGCGAGGAGCAAGGUUCCAUACACAGCAGCAGGGAGGAGCAAGAAGAAGGCAUAGAGGAGGAGGAGGUGUUACAGUGGAAGGGUCCAGAUGACCUUGAGCUAAGUGAAGAAGCGGAUGACAGCAGGGUGGUGGCUGGCAGGGACCUCCCUCCAGACACAACAUGGGGCCCCUAUGCAGGAAUCCUCCAAUCAGGGAGCAGCACAGAUGAUCAGGAGGCAGAGAACUCAAGGUUGACCGUGGUGUGUGAAGAUCCAAACUGUUGGAUUACUCUGCUCCCUCUGACCUCUGAAGCCUCAGCUGCCAACUGUUCAAUCUACAGCCAAGGUGAGGAGUUGUUCUGUAAGGUGACCAGGGAGCUUGCAGCAGGUGAAAGCCUUCUGGCUUUCCUAUCAACCCCUCCGGGCUCCUCUACACCGCUGGCCCAGCUAUCUCCUCCACUCAGCCUUGUCACCCAGAAACAACCUGUGGUGAAAGAGGAACCGCUAUACCCAGCAGCACUGCGCUCAGACAUCCAGCUUCUCCCGCAGCAAGCUGGCAUGGCCGCCAUUUUGGCUACUGCCAUUGUUAACAAGGACAUUUUCCCAUGCAAGGACUGUGGGAUUUGGUAUCGCAGUGAGAGGAACCUGCAGGCACACCUAAUGUACUACUGUGCCAGUCGUCAGAAGCAGCCGGCCGCAGCCUCAUCCCCACCACAAGACAAACCCAAGGAGUCUUACCCCAACGAACGCAUCUGCCCCUUCCCACAGUGCAACAAGAGCUGCCCCAGUGCCAGCUCGCUGGAGAUCCACAUGCGCACACACAGUGGUGAGCGCCCAUUUGUCUGUCUAAUCUGUCUGUCAGCCUUCACCACUAAAGCAAACUGUGAGCGUCACCUUAAGGUUCACACAGACACACUGAACGGGGUGUGUCAUGGCUGCGGCUUCGUCUCCACCACCAGGGACAUCCUCUACAGCCACCUGGUCACGAGCCACAUGGUUUGCCAGCCUGGAUCUCACAGUGAGGUCUACUCCCCAGGACCAGGCCUUCCCAAGCUGCCCAUUUCCACUGGUCUCAGUCCAGGAGACACUGGUGUGGUGCUGAAGUGUCAAGUGUGCGGCCACAAUUCUGAGUCCCCUGCCCAGCUUCAGCAGCAUGUACGCACCCACCUAGAGGUCAGGGUUCCAGCCGAAAGAAGCCCCACCCCUCGUCAAAGUACCCCAUCAUCAGUUGACCACCCCCAGCUCCAGCUGUCUCCCCAGGAGAAGGAGCCCCUGGUUUGUGUCCCUAAGCCAGAUUCAUCCAGCCCAGGAGCAAACGGCGGCUCAGCCACGCCUCGAGACUAUAGUCCCACUGAUGCCCAAACCAAUGACCUAAAGAUCAAAGAGGAGCCUUAUUCAGAUACAGAGACAGAAGAGCGGCAAAUGGAAGUUAAGGAGAACGGAGAAGACACGGUGGUUGGUGAAGAUGAGGGAGAUUCAGAAGCAACGAGAAAAACAAAAGAAGGCCAAACCGCCGCCUCCUCGUGUCAGACAUCAGAUUCUCCGAAGAGUCCAUCCACCACAACUGUAAAGGCAGAACCAACUAGUCCCACUCCUGGUUCUAGCCCCGCCCAUGUGGGAGGUGCAGGGUCAGUUCUUCCAGGAGGAGCAAUGUUCUUGCCUCAGUACAUGUUUAAUCCUGAGGCAGCCAUUUUGCCUCAGGCUUCAGAGAUACUGGCUAAAAUGUCAGAAAUGGUCCACAGCCGUCUGAAACAGGGCCAAACAGUUCCUCAGAACAACCCAGCGGCCUUUUUUCCCUCUGGACCUACUGCACCUACAGCUACAGCCACUCCGCCUCACAAAGGAGCCACCUGCUUUGAGUGUGAUAUCACCUUCAACAACAUUAAUAACUUCUAUGCACAUAAGAGGCUGUACUGCUCUAGUAGGCACCACGGAGAAGCUGCAAACUCAGCUUCAGGCCCUGGAUCAACAAGGGACGCAGCCCCAGCAACAGUGCCUUCCAGCGGGGCACUUGGCUCGACCACAUCUCCUCAGGAUGGAGCAGCAAGUCGAGCAGCCUCUGCCUCUCCCACCGACUCUGACCCUCCUUCAGGGAGUGGAGCAGCAGAAUCUAGGAGGGUGGUGGAAGUGAACACUGAAACCCCUGUAGUGAGAGAGGGAAUAUCAUCCUCUUCUGAAGGGGAAGGUGGAGGUGGAAGUGUUGGAGGUGGUGGAGGAAGAGCAAGCGAGGGCAGCCAGAGUCCUGCUAGUGGUUCUGCAGAGGACCUAGAAGAUGAUCCCAAUAGAACCUUCUGUGAAGCCUGCAACAUCCGCUUCAGCCGUCAUGACAACUAUACAGUUCACAAACGCUUCUACUGUGCGUCCCGCCACGACCCAUCCAACCAGCGAUCUGUUCACAUGUCUAAGGCAACCAGCACAGCAGCCUUCCUUCCUCAGCCCAUUCGCACACGCAAGAGGAAGAAGAUGUACGAGAUUCACAUGGCCAGGACUGAAGCCUUAGCGAAUGCUGCUGCCGCUGCUGCUGCCACUGCUGCUGCCACUGCUGCUGCCUCUGCCCCAUCUCCCUCCAUUCUGGGCUUGGCAGUGAAACAAGAAGUUUCUCCCAGCGGAGCAGGCGGCUCCAGUCCAGAAGGAGAUGGCCCGAUUGAUCUGAGCAAGAGGCCACGUCUUAGAGAAGUUCCUCGACACAGCAGUAGCGGUAUUCUCCCUGCCCUGCCUCUUAGUGAUUAUCACAAGUGCACCGCCUGCAGUAUCAGUUUUAACAGCAUCGAGAACUACUUGGCUCAUAAAACAUAUUAUUGCCCUGCCACCACCCUCCAACCCCACACCUUGGAGCAGCUUCAGAGGCUUAAGAGAUCGGCGUCUACCUCUCCCAAAAGCAGGCCUCAGCAGGAACGCCCAGAUCUUCUGCACCCUAUGGAGGCUAAAGCUCUACCUGCUGAGUGGGUUACACAGGCUCAAGGAACAUCACCAAGUCCUCACCCCUCUGCCUUGCCUGCCUCCAAUACCACACCUCCGCCUCAUGCGACCACCACACUUGCAGCUACCCCAGGAGCUGGAGCCAAAAGUGUAGGGACUGGUUCCACUCAGAUGAUCUGCCCAUACUGUCCAAACAGGUUCAUCACCUCUGAUCUAAUGGAGCACUUCAAGACUACCCACGGCCUGGUUGUAACCAUUCAGCCACCGCAGGAAGCCCUGCCCCAGCCAAGCAGUACAGUCAGCCACAGCCCUAGCCUUAGUCCGAGUGAUGGAGCUACUGCAACCACCUCCACUACCCCGACUGGUCAGCCAAGACUGGUCUCCCGAGUGCACAGAGACAGCAUCAAUGGACAAGCAAGGAGCAGUACAACCUCUCCUGUUUCCCCACUGGUAAAUGGCAGCCCUUCAGCUGGGGAAGGAUCACCUUUAGCCAGUUCACCUCUGCCCGUGUCUCCCCCAAGGGCUCCCUCUCUGUCUUUGUCACCUGUGCCUGAGAUCCUGAGGGAGACGGUGGGAUCAUCUCACCCUCCAAACAAGGCCACCCCUACUGUGACCUCCCACACUGUCCCCACUCCCCAGUCUGCCCCCGUUUCCGGCCCUAAAACCACGGUGAUCUCUCCUGUCCAGAACGGUAACUCCCGUUUCUGUCGGCUUUGCAACAUCAAGUUCAGCAGCCUCUCCACAUUCAUAGCUCAUAAGAAAUACUACUGCUCUUCCCACAGUGCCGAACACGUCAAGUGAGCCAAGUAAUUUUCUUCAUCCUCUUCCCCUUCCCUCUCUUUAUCUUUCUGAGUGGAGACUUUCUUUCCUAAGUUCCGAGAAGCUCAGACGGCCUGCUCUGCCAGGCCUCCCACAUGGGUGCAAAAAUGGCACUCAGCUGGCAUGAUCAUCAGUGACAAUGAAUGACUGUUACUCACCUGGCAGGGCCCGAUGCCCAGCUGCUCCACAGUGGACUCUGCAGGUGGUGUUACUAACAUAUGUUAACUGAUAUUCCUCCUCCUAUGGGUCAAAGUUUGUAGUACACUACGAGGUGAGACAGAUUCUACCUGCACACACCGGUGUGCCCUCGUCCCCUUUAUCACUCUCUGUCUUAGUACCCCUAUCUGCAAUUAAACAUUUACCACUCCCAGGCCUCACAGUAUGUUGCAUUAUGGGACGUUAAAAAAAAAAAACUAUGUCAGCAACCUCUUUUCUGUCUCUCUGUUCAAGUGAGUUCAUAAUGGCAGUAAUUAGAUUUUGACUGUUGGAGGUAUUUCUGACUGAUGGCGAUUCAGUGAUGAUGAUGAUGAUGAUGCUGAGUGUGAUGACUCUCCCGUCUUUUCCUGAGCUCUUAAUGUUCCAGACCUAAACAGAGGGAUCAUCCAUGUUGUGUGGAAAAGACUUGAUCAUUGUUAAUGUUUUUACUAUCUGUGCAUAGUGUAUGAUGUCUGAAAAAAAAGAAAAGAAUUCUAUAAUGCUUUUGGUUUCAACACUGGCUCCUUUUUGCUUACUAGGGAAGCAAAAGCGUUUUUAGCUGAAAAAUAACUAGGCAGUAUCACAAUGUUACUAAUUACUGAAGGAUAAUAUUUCAAAACAGACCGUUUUUCUUUUCUUUCAUACACACAAUUUUUUUAUUUUCUCUUUAAAAUGCAAGGGAGAAAAAAAUGUGAAAUAUAUAUCUUCUAUCUUAGUCCUCACUGAUUUCAUGUCAACAGAAAACUACCUACCUGGCGUCUGAGAGUAUUUGUAUUUUUUAUUUGUAUAUUUUUCAUACUGUUGGAAGGAACUAUUUGGAUCCGGGUGUGUUGAAGUGUAUUUUCUAAGUGUAGAUAUGUAAUAUCUUCUCACAGUAAUCACUGGAAUCACAUUGAACUUUAUUAUCACAUUAGCAGUUGGUGUUCUGUUUAUGUAGUCUUUAAUUGAUGGUGAGUUUUGAAAACCAGCGCUGUGUUCAUUUUAAGUCCCCUCUUGUACCUUGCUGAUUAACAACACCAUUAGAUCAGAAUAGCCUCUUCACUUAGCUUUUCACAUCAUAAAGUUGAAGAGAGCACUUCUGAUAUUGUUUUGUUUAGAUUUUGGUGAGAAUGAUGUAGCCUCCCAGAUUUUAGGGUUGUACAAAUUCCAAAAUUUCAAUCAAAAGCCUGUCCUAAUUACCGGUCUCCAUAUCGUGCAAACUAUGACCAGCUUUAGAUUCUUUGUUGCAAACUCCCAUUUCAGACCUAUGCUGAAAGAUGCACAAAACACAUCAAUGUUUUCGUGUCUAAUCCACAUCUUAUUAGAAGGUUGUUUUUUUGUUUGUUUUGUUUUUUUGUUUUUUUUUUAAAAAAUCACUGUGUUUCUCCGGUAAUGAAGGCAUAGCAGGUAAUAGUUACAUCUGAGUAUAGCACCUCACACAGUAGAGUAAGCACAUGUGUAAUAAUCACUUUUUGUGGUCCAUGGUGUGUGUGUGAGAGAGAGACUGUGCUCUUCCUCUCUCACUUUAUUGCUCUCUCACUUAUGCACACAUACUCACACACACAGUUUACCCCACAUGUUCCCAUGCUGCUGUUGCAGUUGCAAUACAGUGUUCACUAGAACUGUGAAAUAGUUUUUUUUCCCAAUAUUGAUGCACACUUACCAAUAGAUGGCUCAUCUUAAGCUUUGUAAGGCCCAGACAUCCAGACAUUAAAUUGAACUUGGCAAUAGCCAAUAUGGCAACCAAAAGCUGAAUUUGUCACCAAUUUGGUCUUUCUGUUCCUCCAAAUUCUAAACAAUAAAGUUUUUCCUCAGGAUUUUACUCUUGUCAGUGUGCAAGAGCUGAGGCCAAUCCUCUCAUACUGAAGGGAAAUGCUCACAUCAAUCUAACUGUAAUGCCACCAGCACAGGACAGAUCUGGACCUUUGUUUAUUAUCAUAGCAUUAAACGUUAUCCUGUUAUUUGUCUGUUCCCAAAACUGGAAUCCAAGUGUAAAAGUGAAGGAUUUUUUUUUAUUAUCAUUAUUAUUAUUUUAAAUAAGAUGCAAAAUUACUGCUUUGAUUUUCUGCUCUGCUGUGGUUUGAAACAGCGCUGUACCAGACACCUCUUAUUACUAUGUGUUUACAAUUGUGCUGGUCCAUCUCUCUGAGCUCUUAAGAUGAGAGAGAAUAAGCAGAAGAAAGUCACAAAGUCAUGUCAACUAGUCAGAAAUUAAGGAACUAAGUUCUGGAACAUCAUCCUUUAAACUCAACCCCAUUUAAUUGCACUGUGUUGUAUAAAAAUGUGCUGAAUGUUUUAGUUUUAGGGAGUUUUUUGUAUUGUAUUUAUGUUAUACAGAACUUUGCCCCAUAAAAAAUGUGCCAUUGUUCUACCUUGAAGGACUUUCAGAUUUUGAAGAUUUUAACCCUUACAGAAAAUCUUUUUUUUUUUUUUUUUUUUUUUCUCGUUGGUUCCAAACACAACUUGUUAAUGAUUAUCUGAUGUCCGGUCCAUAAUGGAGAAAAAUCACAAUGAAUGUCAGAAUUUUUAUUUCCAUAUCUUUUAUUUUCAUUUCACUACACUCUUGUCCAAACUAUGCAUGGGAAAUAAAAAAAAGUUCUGAGAGACACUGA